UUUGUGUUCUAUUCUAGUUCCAUAUGUUCCAGUUUAACUUUAAGAUACUUUUUGUUGCAGUACCGGCAAGCAGUUAAAUCACCACAACUACUUGCACAUCAACAGAAGCAGAGAUCUUUCUUGACCUUUGGAUUUGGUGCGGGACCAGCUAGAAGGGAAUCUCAUGUAAAUGUUAAUGUGACACCGACCAGCCAUGACCUUACAUCUGAUACACCUGAAAUACGCAAAUACAAGAAGCGAUUCAACAGUGAAAUUCUCUGUGCUGCGCUUUGGGGAGUGAAUCUAUUAAUCGGUACUGAAAAUGGCCUUGUGUUAUUGGAUAGAAGUGGCCAAGGAAAAGUAUAUCAAUUAAUAAGCAGAAGACGAUUUCAACAAAUGGAAGUUCUUGAAGGACAAAAUAUUUUGGUUACAAUUAGUGGAAAAAAGAAUAGAGUACGAGUAUAUUAUCUUUCUUGGCUUAAGAGUAAAAUUUUGCGAACGGAUGGGCACAGUGAUCAAGUUGAACGGCGCAAUGGCUGGAUUAAUGUUGGAGAUCUUCAGGGUGCGGUACAUUUUAAGAUAGUCAAAUACGAAAGAAUAAAGUUUCUUGUCAUUGCAUUGAAAGAUUCGAUAGAAAUUUAUGCUUGGGCUCCAAAACCUUAUCAUAAAUUCAUGGCGUUUAAAUCGUUUAGCGAACUUGCUCACAGACCAUUACUUGUCGAUCUUACUAUAGAAGAGGGUUCGAGAUUGAAAGUUAUUUAUGGUAGCGCCGAUGGUUUUCAUGCUGUUGAUUUGGACUCUGCUACAGUUUAUGAUAUUUAUCUGCCAAAACAUACUCAAGGCCCCAUUUGUCCACAUUGUAUCGUUGCAUUACCAAACAGUAACGGCAUGCAGUUACUGUUAUGUUACGAUAAUGAAGGUGUAUACGUGAAUACUUAUGGUAGAUUAUCCAAAACCAUGGUUCUUCAAUGGGGUGAAAUGCCCACUAGUGUUGCAUAUAUCGGUACAGGACAAAUUAUGGGCUGGGGUAACAAAGCUAUUGAGAUUAGAAGCGUAGAAAGUGGACACCUUGAUGGUGUGUUCAUGCACAAGAAAGCUCAACGGCUCAAGUUCCUUUGCGAGCGUAAUGAUAAGGUAUUUUUCUCGUCGGCUAAAGGCGGAAGUGCGUGCCAGAUUUACUUCAUGACAUUAAAUAAACCUGGCAUGGCUAACUGGUGAUCCCGAAUAUGGCCAAAUCUGGCCCUCAAAUUAUCUUUACGAAUAAGGACACAAAAUCUUUCUCGUAUAUCGAGAUACGCAUCGUCGCCAUUCAUGUUAAUUCGUUUUUCACUGCCAGGAUUUAAGGCCAUGGAAAGCAAGCAAUGUUCGUAUUGGAGUCAACGACAUUAUCAAUAUCAUUUUCAGUCUUAUUACAAUUGUCAUUAUUAUCAUUAUCAUCGUCGACGUCGUCUUCGUCGUCGUCGCCGUCGUCGUCUUCUUCGUCUUCUUCGUUAUCAUCGUCGUCGUCGUCGUCGUCGUCGUAGGCGACGUCAACAUUGUUAUCGUCAUCGUCAACGUCAUCACCACCACUAUUACCAUCAUCAUCAUCAUCACCUCCACCAUAACUAUUAUCAUUUUUAUCCACAAGACCAUUAUAAUCUAUAUCGAUAUGUUUGCUCGAGUAAUUGCACAUUGAUAAAAAAAUAUCAAACAUUCAAUAAAAUAUCUCAACAAUAUUUUCAAUUGUUUUUGCAAAGUUUACAAGCGAAAUUGUUGUUUUUAAAUCAUUUCGUACAAAAAUUUUUGUGCUCUUUUAACUAUUCAUCUUACGUGAUGCAACUUAGCAAUUUAUGAGAGAAAAAAAAAAUGGUUCCUUCUUUACGGUAAUAUGCCUCUCUACAGAGGAAAAUAAAUAAGAAUAAAAUAUAUGCACAAACCGUUAUUAUAUUGAGUAAUAAUUCAUUAUGUUUUUCCAAUAUUUGAAUGUCAUUAUUAUUAAAUUUUUUUUAUUAUUUAAAAAGCGUAAAUAAAUAAAAAAAAAAUAAUAUAUAUAUAUAUAUCAUAAAAUAAUUUUAAAAUCAAGACGAACGAGUCCAAAGUAAAUCGAAUCUUCCGAAAUAAUUUUGAAAUUGUAUAAAUAAUAAGUUAUCAACGAUUCGUAACAGAAAUUAUUAUACUGUAUUGUUUCAAUAAGUGCAAAAGAAUUGUGCAAUAUCGAUGCUUUCAUCUAUAUAAACAAGAAAAAAAAAAAAACUUUUCGUAAUAAGUUUGUAACAAGUGGCUGAACUUUUCUAUGAUAAUAAGAGAAAUAUGAACUGUCUCGAUAGUUGUAAGUGCAAAUACGCGAGCAAAAUGCAGUGUGAAUGGAUUUUUGCGAUUUACAUUUCGAGAAAGAGAGAAUAUAGAGAGGACGCGCGCGCAAACUGAAAAUAGGAGCAAUGUAUGCAAGGGGAUGCGUGUAAUGUAUGUUUUUAAAGUAAUUCUUGAUUGAAUGUAUUUUCUUUCCACAUUUAUAAAGAUUAUAAUAAUUGACGUAACAAUAUCAUUCUUCGAAAAAAUUUCUCCCAUGAUAUACAGUUAAAUAUAAUCGUACAUAUUAUUGCAUCAAGUUUAUAAUAAGAUCUUUUAAAAUGGGAGAGCAAUAUUGUUUUUUAACAAUAAAAUAAUAGGAAAAUAGCGAUGGACUAAAAUGUUAUAACUAAAAUUAGGAAUAAGAAAGUUAAUUACUAAUGUUAUUAACUGUAUAGUUUGUAGUAAUCAAUGGAUUCGUAUGUCCUAUUUCUUGCAAUUUAAGAUAAUGGCGAUGACGAUAAUAUCACGACGAUGUAAUAUGUGGCGUUGGAUAAAUUGCAUUUUUACGAGUAAUAGAUUUAUGUUAACAGUUUUUGAGACAUAAAGUGAUAAGGUGCAAAGAAAACAUUUUUCUAUUUCAUUAUUUUUUCUAAGAUUUAAUAUACUUUUUAUGUUUAACUUGCACCCUCCUCUUUGCGAAAGGUAUUCGAUCGAAUACAGUCGCAUAUUUUUUUAUAAAUAAUCAUAGAAACGCGUUCAAUAUUUAAAUAAAGAACAAUCUUGGUAAGGCGAUAUGCAUAGGAAAUGAUAUCUUUUCUUUUUUUUUUUUUUUUUUAAUUAUUCGUUCAAUACUGUACAAAUUAAUGAUUAUUAUUUAUCCAUAAAUUCAUAAUUUAAUGGGCAAUUUUAUUGAUCGAAUUGAAUUAUAAACGUUAUACGUUAAAAUUGUGGCUUUAAUUAUUAAAAAAAUAUUGUAUGUAUAUCGCAAAUAUAUUUUAUAAUUCCGAAUAAGAAUAUUUUUACACGGAACUUUCCACUAGAGAUAAUUUUAGUUUGAAUAGUUCUAUGUGUAAUUUAGAUGAGUUUAUUUUCAAAUAUUUUCAACUUCGUAUCAAAUUUAAAUUGAGAUAAGAAUCGUUAUGUAAUUUAACGUUUUAUCUUUUCUUUUAUAAACUGCAUUGAAUCAUUUAUAUAAAUCGUGUAUAAAAUAUUUGUUACAUAUAAUAAGCACUUCGUCUAAACUGUUGAAUAAUUGUAAAAUUGUAAUUUCAUAACAUGAGGGUGUAUACGUGAUAUAAAAUUAUUUUUUAUUGCUUAGAAGAGUAAACGUUGAAUAUUUGGUUGAUGUAUUAUUUCAACUGAAAAAAAAUAAAAAAAAAAA